AUGAAGUUCUUAGUGUUUGCAAUUGUUGUGCUGAGUGCAGCUUCCACUCUGAGAGCAGACUUUACAACUCCCUCAACAUUGGAAGAUUUUCUCAAAAUCACCGACGGUGAAAUGAUUAUGGCGGAGUGUUUAGUCGAGGGUGGAGUCGACGAGGAUUCGGUUGCGUCGUUGGCUACUAGCAGCGAUUGGAAUGUGCCAGAGAGUGAAUUGCAGUGCGUGUUGAAGUGUUUCUACGUGAAAAAGGGCUUCAUGGAUAGUGAUGGAAAUCUGCAGCAGGACGCUAUCAUCGACCAGCUGUUGCAGUUUACGACGCAGGAGCACAUCGAUACGCUGGUGCAAAACUGCUUCUUCCAAGAGCCGGACGCGUGCGAUACGGCCAACAAGGUGACCCAAUGCUACUUCCAGAACAAGGCGGGUCUUUUCUAA